AUGGAAAAUAAUACUGCUGAAUUUAAUUAUUCUAAUAUUACAACUACUAGUAAAGAUGAUACUUCAGAAUCUACCAACGACUCAAGCACCAACAUCACCACCAUUGAUAAUGAUAAUAACAGAAAAAACAGCAUAUCGUCAAAUUCAAACGACUACAAUUCCAGCGUAAAAACCACAUCUUCUUCUUCUAGUAAUACACCAUUAUCGCCAAAAACCUUUUCUUCAAUGAUUUCAUCUCCAUCAUUAAAUGAUGAUGAUACGGUGUCAACUAUGUCAAUUGGAACAUGUGGUACGCAACGUACAAUUAAUUUAAAACUUGCGGAUUUGAUAAAAGAAAAUCAAAGAAUAGAGAAGGGUGAUGAUGGUGAUGCAAUAGGGGAAGGGUAUGUAGGAUAUGAGGCUGAUGGAAAUAAUUUAAAAAUAGAAUAUUUCCAAAAUAAAUCACAAGGAUUUUUUGGAGAAGUUGAGAAAGAAGAUAUGAAAGUGGAAUUAGACGAUGCAGGAGUUUUUGAUUUUGACGAUGAUAGUAUAUCGAUGAUCAAUGAUAAUGUAUCCAUAGUAGAUUCAGUCACGACGUCACUUACCGCAAAUACAAUAGAAGCGGGGAUAAAGGAGAAACAAGAAUGCUUGCUCACAUGGGUGAAAUUAUUAUGGCCACAGCCAAAAUUACCAACUACAAAACAAGCUAUAGAUACUGGAGUGGUGUGUAGAAGCUUUAAUAAUACAAUGGUAUUUACAGCAGAAGUUACUGGUACCAAAUAUCUAAGUCCUAAUGAAAAAAGAAAACAACGAUUAAACGAAAGGAAUACGUAUUGCACACCGAAAAUUGUAACCCACUUGUACGAUCCAAGAGAAUUUUUAUUAAUUCAUUGUCCAAGUUAUAAGAACCCGCCCAGUUACAACAACGAUCCAAGAAAUCCGUGGGAUCACUCGUUCAUCCUUGAAAAAGUGUUACCAAAGAUAACGGCAGAAAGUAUUCAAGUACAAGAUCAACCCGGAUUAUUCGUAACUGUCAAAGAAACACUUAUGAGAGGUUUGGAUACGUAUUAUAUCUAUGAGUGCAAGAAAUGUAUGUUUCGUGGCUAUGUCAGUACUUUUAAUUAUGACGGUAUUCGUCGUCAUAUAAGUAAGAGUCAUAGGGAUGUUGUUGCUGUGGUGGAUGAGUUAAUUAGAGUGAAUCCGAAAGAAUACGUGAUAGCGUUUGCACAAAAUUUACCACCUAAAAUAAAAUUACCGUAG